AUGCCAGACAAGGCUCCCGACAAUUUGAGUAAGGAAGAGAGAUCCGCCUUACAAUCAUUAAAGAAUCGGGAUGACAUUGUAAUCAAGAAAGCAGACAAAGGCUCUACAGUAGUAGUACUUGAUAAAGAGACGUACAUGGCGGAGGCCCAUAGACAACUCUCAGACGAACGUUUCUAUAAGAAACUGGACUCUGACCCUACUAAAGAAUUCUCCACCGCCAUCACCAAAACUCUUGACGAAACGUUUGAGAAAAACGAGAUUGGUAUCAACGUCUAUGAGACACUCAAUCCUAUUGACUGUAGACCAGGACAAUUUUAUCUGCUUCCUAAGAUACACAAAGAAGACAUGAUUUCCUCAAGCUUCUCUCGCUCCCAGAAACUUGUCUUCAGUGCAGAUGAUAUCAAGGGCUGGAGAUUUUUGUCCACUGUCGGAGAAAACGAGACUUCUUUUAUUUACGUGAUAAACACAACAAAUGUUUGUGUCGGCUCCAUAUGUUCUGAAGAAUGUGAUCUAACCAUUGUUCCGGAAGAAGAUUUAUCUAAUUUGCAAAAUGGAACAAUAAAGUGCAAGAACCGUUUACAAAUGAAACAGUGUAGGAUGACUGGCUAUAGAAGUAUUUCUUUCAGCGUCAAAAAAUCAUGUAGAAAUCAUUCUAAUUACACCCGAUUAAUUGUCAUAGAUAACAGAGAAAAUAUUUGUGAUGAUGAUAUAUCAAAUUGUUUUGAAGAGUUUUCUUUUACAUCAACUACGUCCCAAAAUCCUAAAGACAAUGGAACAGAUAAUAUAACCACAGCAUCUCUCGGGAGUUCUCGUGUCUCUACAUCCAAUAUGAACACAGUAUACACCGGGAGUCCUCGUGUUUCAACAUCAAGUAUAACCACACUAAACCCCGGGAGUCCUCCAGUUUCUACAUCCAAUAAGACAACUCAAUGGAAAACUUUCACUUCGUCCCCUAUGUCAAAUUACACAGAUCUCACAGAAAAUGCAACUCCAUCAUGUUGUGAAUCAAGCAAAACAUUUUCUCCCUCAAAAAACAACAGAAAAAUAAGUCAGAAAGAUAUGGACAUAGCCCUGGCAGUCACUGUUUCUAUAUCAGUGUUGGUCGUGUCUGUCAUGUUGUUCCUGAUCGGCAGAUUAUUGUACAAAACAAGACAUGUGACAAAAACAGAACCCUCCAUCGCUUCGUUUGACAUCGUUAACCCAAGUGAUGGCAUCCUUGAGGAUCCGAGUGGAUUUUUAAGGGAAACAUACAUCCACAUUCGGAAGGUCUCGGAAUCAAAUACCGAUGAAAGUCCCGUAUCAUCUCCACGUGAGCAAAAUCAGGAUUCGUACCCUGAGAUGGGGGUGUCAGCGUUAAAUUCCCGGUCACAUUAUGGUGAAUAUUCUACAUUUACUGGCAACCGGAACUCACCAGAGGACUUCCCUCAUAGGUACACGGCCCAUAGAGACAGAGGGGAUUUGUCCAAACCUAGAAAAUAA